AUGUCCCCUCCCUCUGCCGACGUUGACAUCCAGCCAAUCACAACUGAGCCUGUCCCAAAUAAGGCUGCCCCUACGUCAGCCCAAACCCACAGCAGCGCCAGCCGGCUCACCGGUCCCCUUACCUACUCCGGCAGCCUGGACCAGUAUGAGCAGUUUGAUGUUACGGCUGUUAUUGGCCGGGAGUUUCCCACGCUGCAGUUGAGUGAGAUCUUAGAGGAUGAUAUUAAGGUUAGAGAUUUAGCAAUUUUGGUCUCUCAACGCGGUGUCCUCUUCUUCCGCAACCAAGACCUCACCGUCGAUCAACAAAAGACCCUCGCCCAAAAGCUGGGCGAGCUUACCGGCAAACCGGAAACCAGCAAGCUACACAUCCACGCGCUGGCAAAUAGCAAGCGGGGGAUUGCGGUCGACGAGAACGGAAAAUUAGACGAUGAGAUAUCUGUUAUCUCGUCGGAGCAGAACAGGAGGUUCUACAAGGAGAAGUACGAUCGGUUAGGGAAGAGGUUGGGGAGUGAGGGGUGGCAUGCUGAUAUUACAUUCGAACACAUCCCCUCAGACUACGCCAUCCUCAAGAUCACGCAUCCGCCGGCCGACGCAGGCGGCGACACGCUCUGGGCGUCGGGCUACGAGGCAUAUGACAGGCUGAGUCCCGCGUUCCAGAGGCUGGCUGAGAGCCUAACGGCUACGCAUUACCAACCGGGGUUUAAGGAGGUCAAGGAGAAGUUUGGGGUUGACUUGAUUGAAGAUUAUCGAGGGGCGCCGGAAAAUAGAGGGUUGGAGUUUACCGCAGUGCACCCCGUCGUCCGCACCAACCCUGUCACAGGAUGGAAGAGUCUCUUCGCGGCCGGGAACCAGAUAGCAAAUGGCCGGAUCAACGGCGUAACGGAACGCGAGAGCGAGAUUCUCAAGAUGUACUUCACCCAACUUAUCGUCGAAAAUCACGACCUCCAAGUCCGCUUCCGCUGGAACAAAAAUGAUCUCGCCAUCUGGGACAACCGGUCUGUCUUCCACACUGCUACGAAUGACUACGCCGGCAAAAGACAAGGUAAUCGGGUUGUGUCGCUGGGGGAGAAGCCGUACUUCGACCCUAACUCGAAGUCGAGGAGGCAGGCGCUUGGACUGGUUCCCCAGGAGGAGUGA